ACACCGCAGCCCGGGCGAGGGCGCAGAGCCCUCGGCGCCGACUGACUGCGCUACCCCGGCCUUUUCCCUGUGCCGCCUUCCCCCGCCUCUCCGGCGGCACAAUCGGGGCGGGCCGGGCUCCCCAGCCCGGCUGCGGCCGCGGCCGGCCCGCUCUCCCCGCCUCCCUGAGGCGCGGCCUGGCCCGGCCCGGCCUGCUGUGGCGGCGGCACCGGCGGCUCGGCUCCAUGGCGUUCAUCCGCAGGCGGCGGCUGGAGCGGGAGCUGUACUCCAAGGAGAGGUUUUCACUGCUUCUUCUGAACCUGGAAGAAUAUUACUUUGAACAGCACACAGCUAAUCAUAUUAUAAAUAAAGAUGGCAAAGAUGAAAGAAAAUUCAGAGGCUCCCUAAAAAUCUGUUCAAAGUCAAUUAUUUUUGAACCAGAUGACAGUAUCCAGCCUAUUAUCAAGAUACCAUUGCGGGAUUGCAGUAGCAUAAAAGCCCCAGAAGAUAAUGAAGCAAGUAACCCUUUCACAAGGAAUACACCUGGAGGGAUUUCUGUAGUAUCUAGCCAGGUUUUUCUCAUUAAAGAAAGAAAUGUUAUUGCACCCUAUAAAACAGUAAGAGGUAGAACAGAACACUUAUUCCAACUGGAUGUUGUUUGGAAAGUAGGGGAUGUUGUGCAAACUCUACAUCAGCUUUACAGGGCUUCUUGUUUAGAUAAGAUGGGAGAUCAAGCUGCCAUGAUAACUGCUAUAUUACAAUCACGCUUGGCUAGAACUUCAUUUGAUAAAUUCAGAUUUCAAAGCAUUUCUGAAACGCUGCAUAUGGAAUGUAAAGCAGAAAUGGUGACGCCACUGGUGACUAAUCCAGGGCAUGUGUGCGUUAGUGAUGCUAACUUGUACUUCCAGCCUCUUAAUGGAUAUCCUAAACCAGUAGUACAAAUAACACUGCAAAAUGUGUGUCGCAUCUAUAAAAGAAGACAUGGGCUGAUGCCACUGGGACUUGAAGUAUUUUGCACAGAAAACGAUCUAUGUUCUGACAUCUACUUGAAAUUCUACAACUGUCAGGAUCGAGAUGAGGUCUAUCGCCUUAUUGCAAAAUAUAUAGAAAAUCAUAUUGCAGAGCACACAGCUGAAAGUUAUGUGUUGCAGUGGCAGCGAGGACAUAUAUCAAAUUACCAGUAUCUUCUCCAUCUCAACAAUCUGGCUGAUAGAAGCUGCAACGAUCUCUCCCAGUAUCCUGUGUUUCCUUGGAUCAUAGCAGACUACUCUAGUUCAGUGUUAGAUCUGACAAAGCCUGAAACAUUUCGUGACCUUAGUAAACCAGUUGGUGCCCUGAAUAAGGAAAGGCUGGAUAGACUUGUGAAACGUUACCAGGAAAUGCCAGAGCCCAAGUUCAUGUAUGGAAGCCAUUAUUCUUCGCCGGGUUAUGUUUUGUUUUAUCUCGUUAGAGUUGCUCCAGAAUACAUGCUCUGUCUGCAGAAUGGAAAGUUUGAUCAUGCUGACAGAAUGUUCAACAGCAUUGCAGAAACCUGGAAAAACUGUUUGGAUGGUGCAACAGAUUUCAAAGAGUUGAUUCCAGAAUUUUAUGAAAAUGAUUCCAGUUUUCUAGUAAAUAGUUUGAAGUUGGACUUGGGAAAAAGGCAAGGUGGAAAAAUGGUUGAAGAUGUAGAGCUUCCACCUUGGGCAUCAGGUCCUGAUGACUUUCUCCAGAAGUGCCAAGAGGCUUUAGAAAGUCCAUAUGUAUCAGAACAUCUUCAUGAAUGGAUUGACAUCAUAUUUGGCUACAAGCAGAAAGGAAGUGAAGCAGUUGCAGCUCACAAUGUGUUUCACCCAUUAACUUAUGAAGGAGGAGUGGAUUUAAACAGUAUUAUGGACCCCAAUGAAAAAGUAGCUCUGCUGACACAAAUCCUGGAGUUUGGACAGACGCCAAAACAGUUGUUUACAACCCCUCAUCCUCAAAGGAAAAUUCAGAAAUUGAAAAGCUUGUCUCGAACAUCUAGUCACAGCACUUCCAUAGCUGAGUCUCCAGUUUCUCCAAAUGAAGAAUCAUUUGAAGAUUUGACAGAAGAAAGUAUAACACUUGCCUGGAACAAUAUUGCCAAACUAAAAUUAGAUACAAAGUGUAAAAUUCACAAAGAGGCAAUUACUGGAAUAGCAGUCACUUGCAAUGGGUCUUCUGUUUUCACUACAUCCCAGGAUUCAACUUUGAAGAUGUUUUCCAGAGACUCAAAAACCAUCCAGAGAAGUGUGUCCUUUUCAAACAUGGCUUUGUCAUCUUGUCUAAUCUUACCAGGAGAUACCACUGUCAUAAGUUCUUCAUGGGACAAUCAUAUAUAUUUUUAUUCAAUUGCAUUUGGAAGACAGCAAGAUGUCCUGUUGGGCCAUGAUGAUGCAGUCAGCAAGAUCUGUUGGCGUGAUGGGCGCUUAUUUUCUGCAUCUUGGGAUUCCACUGUGAAGGUGUGGCACUGUGUUCCUGGAGAGACCUUGAGCAAUAAAAAACACCACUUUGAACUGCUUGCACAUUUAGAACAUGAUGUCAGUGUAAAUACAAUGGACAUUAAUGCUGCAAAUACCAUCCUGGCAUCUGGAACCAAAGAGGGUACCAUUAGUGUUUGGGAUGUUACUACAGCAACAGUGUUGCACCAGUUGCCACAUCAUUCUGGGACUAUAUUUCAUGCUGCUUUUAGUCCUGAUAGCAGACAUCUACUGAGCACCGGGGAGGACUGUUGUUUUAAAGUAAUAGAUGUACAAACUGGAAUGCUUGUAUCUUCUGUGACCACUGAAGAGCCACAGAGGUGCUUCAAAUGGGAUGGAAAUACCAUCUUAUCAGGAUCUCAGUCUGGUGAAUUACUGGUUUGGGACCUUCUGGGAGGAAAAGUUACUGAAAGAAUCAAAGGACAUACAGGUGCUGUAAUGUCCAUGUGGAUGAAUGAACAGUGCAACAGUGUUAUUACAGGAGGGGAAGAUAAACAAAUCAUGUUCUGGAAACUGCAAUACUAAGUGCCUUUCCCUCCAGUCAUUUAAAUGAACUCUAAUUUUAAACCAAACCUUUUAAAGGAACUUAACUCUGUGCAAUGAUGGCUGCUGAAGUUCAACCAGAUAGGAAGCUUUGUUCAAACACAACUUUCUAUGUUAUGUUGACUUCACUGAGAGCUCUUAACUUCCAUAGAGUAUGCAUUUGUUUUUCAUGGAUUAUCAUAUUGAAAUUGCUUGUGUAAAAUGAUAUGAAAUAAAAGACUUAUUUUUCUGUAAUUAAAGAGCUCAUAACUUGCAGUCAUUGUUGGAUUUACAUGGAAUGUAUCAUAGCUUGCUGUUUGAACUGCUUUGAAAGAAGAAGCAUUUGCAUUCUUAAUUUAAGCCUUUUAGGGUGUGUGGAGCUUAAUGCUGUCUGUCAUGUGCAGUCAACAUUUCUUCUUAGUGGAGAUGCAUGUGAUUAUAAAUCCUGUUUUGAACACCACAGCAGCUGCUGUUCUGAGCAGUCCCCAGUCUGGGCUCCUGACAGUCCUUAGCUGUGGCUAUUUGCAAAAGCAUACAGCACAGUAAGAACAAAUUCUCUCUUGCUUUUUCUUACUCAAAA